CCUUCUAGUACAGCAUUGGUGUGUAUUAUUUUUCGUGACCCCCUCACGUUUUCUUCUUCAUUUUAAAAAGUUGUUUCUAAUCCUGUCUCGUGUCUUUCAUUUCUGGUGUCAAGCAUACGGUGACAGCGCUUGCAUGAUGCUAGAUUCUUGAAAGUGAAAAUUUAUAAAACCAGAAAUUAAAAAUGGGAUCUAAAGUUGCGGAAUUUUACAAUGGAAAAAACAUAUUUAUAACUGGAGCUACCGGCUUCUUGGGUAGCUGUUUGAUAGAAAAAUUACUGCGCUCUACGGAUGUUAAUAAUAUUUACCUCCUUAUAAGACCGAAAAAAGGUAAACAAAUAAAUGAACGUCUUGAAGAACUCACCAAAAACUCGGUCUAUGACCGACUUCGUGAGGAAAAAAAGACAGAUUUAUUUAAAAAGCUGAUCGUGGUUGCUGGCGAUGUUGGUGAGGAAAACUUGGGACUUUCUACCGAGGACAGGUUCACUCUGGUAGAAGAGGUCCAGGUUAUUUUCCACUCGGCUGCUACUUUGGACUUUGAGGCGAGUCUAAAGUCUGCGGUUGAUAUAAACCUUCUGGGGACUCGCCGGGUCGUGGAGCUAAGUCAAGAAAUUAGAAAUCUCAAGGCAUUGGUACACGUCUCAAGUGCAUUUGUAAACUCUUUUCUCCUGGAAACAAAAGAGCAAGUCUACCCAGCACCAGCAGACGUAAACGAAGUCUUGAAAAUCGUCCAGGAACUUGAUGAGGAAGCUCUAGCUCAAACAGCACCAAAGCUUCUAAAAAAUCAUCCAAAUGCCUAUACAUUUACAAAACAUCUCGCAGAACACGAAGUUGUCAAUGGAAAGCUGCCAGCAGCAAUUGUUAGACCUUCGAUGAUCGUAGGAGCUUGGAAAGAGCCGAUACCUGGAUGGACGACUUCCAAAAACGGACCACAAGGUUUUUUGAUGGGAGCUAGCCGAGGAGUUGUAAGACGUUUACCAGUCGCUAAAGAUCUGAUCUACGACUACAUUCCCGUCGACAUUGUAGUAAACUCUCUUAUAGUCGCUGGUUAUGUUGUGGGCUCCAAUGCCGACAAAGUGAUCAAAGUGUACCACUGUACAUCUAGUACCUGCAAUCCCUUCAAGUGGGAGUCAAUUGAAACGAAAAUUAAUGGAUAUUUACACAAGUAUCCAUUGAAGGGUGCUGUUUGGUAUCCACACCUGAAGCUUCUGCCUUCGUUAUGGUUCUACCGACUCUCUGCCAUUUUUGUUCACUUCAUUCCAGCUUAUAUUUUAGACACUGUCACUCGUAUAAGUGGCGGUAGACCCAUUCUGGUUCGUUUACACACGAACGUCAACAAUUCAUUGGAUCGUCUGGAGAGAUUCAUUUUUACUGAGUGGAAGUAUCAUAAUCCAAAAUUGCUUGCAUUACAAGAAUCUUUGAGCGCUGAGGAUAAAGAAAUUUUUGGAAUCGAUGUCAGGCCGCUCGACUGGGAAGAAUUUUUCAUUAAUCUCACUCAAGGUGUUAGAGUUUACUUGAACAAAGAGCCCAUGAAAAAUAUUGAAAAGGCUCGUUCCAAAAACAAUAUACUACUUGUUGCGCACUUGGGACUACAAUUCGCACUUAUGGGAUUAAUUUGGUGGAUUGUAAAAGUAAUUCUAGGAUCAACAUGGACUGCUACUGGGAUGGUUGUACCCAUAACAUAUUUUAUAUUCAGUUUGCUUUAGAACAAAGAAAUAACUUUUCAUUUAUACUAUAAACUCAUAAUUAUUAAUUUCAUUGAACUUCCAUAUAUUAUUUAUAAUAGAAUUUAUUUGCCAUGGGUCAUAGUUUUUAUAAACGGUUUUUCUAUAAAAUAUUAAAUCUUUUUUUUUAUUAAGAAGACGAGUUAUAAAAAGUAGCAAUUUAAAAAUCUAACUUAAACUUUGUUUUUGGAUUCGUUAGUCAAAAAUAAUUAAAAAAAAGAUGCAUUUUAAUAUCGAUAUUAAGAAAAAAAUUUCCUUUCCAUCAAAGCUCAUCUGAAAUGCUGAUUCACAAUUUGUAGUAACUGCAGGAGCUAAUCGAUUGCUAAUUUUUUUAAUUUAUUCAUGUACUUAAAAUUAAAAAAAAAAUAAACAACUUUUCGCAAUAAAUUUAUAUAAUAAU